UGGAAAAAGAGAAAUCAUAAAUGUGUAAAAAAUCAUGAAAAUGGUUGUCAUGUUCAUCGAACCAUUCAACACGUUCCUUCGUUGUCAAAAUCGUCAAGAACCUUGUGACUUGCUAUAAGCUGCGGUCCGGUAAAGAAGCGCCGGGGAUGUCUUUCCUUUUCCGGAAGAACGGGAGUAGUUCACGGAGGCGAAUCAAAGACAAACUAAGAGGUCGGAACUCAGAUCGCGGGAAGAGAGGAGGAGAAGAAGAAGAAGAGAGAGUCAGAUACGACUCGGUACCUGCACCGCCUUCUCCUUGGGGGUUUCUGUUCCCGGAGGAUUUCGAGCGAAUAGAUGGUAAUCUAAAGGCAGUUAUCGUAGAUGAAGAAGGAUUAGAUGUGAUUUACUGGAAGAAGCUUCUCGAGCUUGAAAGUAGCGGGAAAACUCCUAAACCUAGGAGACGAGGUAAACCAGAUGGUGGAUCUAGAAGAACUGGGGCAGAUGAAGAAGAAGAAGGAGGAGGAUCGGGCACUAAUCGGAAGGGAGAUGAAUCGAUUGAAGAGGCGUUUUCGUUUCAUGUGAAGAAGAACAAGUGUGAAAUUGAAGAUCAGAGUAAGAGUGUUGAAGGAGGAGGAGGGAGAUACUCCUACACUCCUUCUUCUUCUUCUUCUACAGGCGGAUUUAGUGAUUAUGGAAAGCAAUCUCAGUCCAAAUUUCAAGCUCCUGGCGGCGCCGGCGGUGGUGGUAGCGGUCGUUAUCCGCCACUCCCGCUUCCUCCGGGUCAAUUAGGGCUGGCUACUGCCUCGUCUUCGACUAUGCCACCGCCCCUUACAGUCAAUCACGGCUCAUUUCCCUCUUCUCCGUCGCAGAUUCCCCUUCCUCCGGGUCAAUUCCCGGCACCAAUUGGGUCUUCCUCUACAUCGCCGCUGCCUCUUACAGUCAACCCAACCGUACCACAUGUUCAAGCUAACCAACCUCCACCAUCUUCUGGGGCACCACCUCCGCCUCCACCACCUAUACCGGCUAAGAAAGCACCUCCACCUCCUCCUCCUCCCGCUAAGAAGGCACCUGGGCCCCCGCCACCGCCUCCAAUGUCCAAAACUGGGCCACCUAAACCACCAGGUAAUGGGAAAGGACCGACGAAGGCAGCUGAGAGUUCUUCUGCCUUGACCAAAGAUGAUCCAGCGCAGCCGAAGCUCAAGCCUUUACAUUGGGAUAAGGUUAAUCCUGAUGCAAGUCACUCAAUGGUUUGGCAUAGGAUCGAUGGUGGCUCUUUCAACUUUGAUGGUGACCUCAUGGAGGCUCUCUUUGGAUACGUUGGCGCUCGAAAGCCUGGUGAAGCUAACACUGUACCCCAGAAACUGACUGUGUCAACCACCCAGACUUACAUUCUUGAUCCUAGGAAAUCUCAGAACAAAGCAAUUGUGCUUAAAUCUUUGGGAAUGACCAAGGAAGAGAUCAUUGACUUGUUAACUGAAGGCCAUGAUGCUGAUACUGAUACCCUGGAGAAGCUUUCUGGAAUAGCUCCAACGCCAGAAGAACAGACAGAGAUCAUAGAGUUCAGUGGCGACCCUACGAAACUUGCUGAUGCAGAAUCUCUACUCUUUCACAUCUUACGAGCAGUUCCUUCAGCGUUUAACAGGUUCAACGUCAUGCUCUUCAAGAUCAACUACGGCUCAGAGGUUUCUCAACAGAAGGGCUCUUUACAGACACUUGAAUCUGCAUGCAACGAGUUACGUGCUCGUGGGCUUUUCAUGAAACUUCUAGAGGCAAUCUUGAAAGCAGGUAACAGAAUGAACGCUGGAACCGCUCGAGGAAAUGCUCAGGCUUUCAAUUUGACAGCUCUAAGAAAACUGUCAGAUGUGAAGAGUGUUGAUGGAAAAACUACUUUGCUUCACUUUGUUGUUGAAGAAGUUGUAAGAUCCGAGGGAAAACGAGCUGCGAUGAGUAAGAUCUCCGGUGGUGAUAUUGCAGAUGCAUCUAGAGAAGAACAAGAGAUUGAAUUCAUAAAGCUAGGUUUACCAAUUAUUGGUGGCCUUAGUUCAGAGUUCACCAAUGUGAAGAAAGCAGCAGGAAUCGACUAUGACUCUUUUCUAGCCACGACCUUGGCUUUAGGGACCCGGUUGAAAGAAACAAAAAGGCUAUUAGACCAAAGCAAAGGGAAAGAAGAUGGGUGUUUGACAAAGCUGAGAUCUUUCUUUGAAUCUGCAGAGGAAGAACUGAGAGUUAUUACAGAGGAGCAGCUCAGGAUCAUGGACUUGGUGAAGAAAACAACGAAUUAUUACCAAGCUGGUGGUGCGUUGAAAGAGAGGAACCUGUUUCAGCUGUUUGUUAUAAUCCGUGAUUUCUUAGGGAUGGUUGAUACCGCAUGUAGUGAGAUAGCAAGGAAUCAACGGAAGCAGAGACCAGCAGCAACGGUAGCAGGAGCAUCAAGUUCAACAGCAGCAACAACACCGAGCGCUGCGGCACCACAAAGAAACGCUGUUAGAUUUCCGAUUCUGCCUCCAAAUUUCAUGUCAGAGCAUUCAAGGUACAGUUCAAGCGACUCAGACUCAGAUUCUUGAUAACAAAAAGAAAGAUUCUUUGCUUUUGCUAUAUGUAUAUACAUGUUAGGGAAGCUUGUUGGUUUCAAAAAUGAAAAAGAUUCUUUGGGUUAUUUGAAAAUGGUUCUUAUGAUUUUACUUGUUGUUUUGUUGUUGAUUCUUUUUUGGAAGACGAAGAUUAGUGACAAUUGGUCUUUGUAUGUAUUUCACUUUUAAAAACUCUAUUUUUGGAGUGCAGCAAACAGCAAUGAUGACAUC